AUGGCUUCCGUCAAUGGCGUCCGUGAUAACCUUGAGUUAUGCUUCGUCUUCUUUGUCUUCUUCCUCUCUUUAGCCUCAGGUCAACUGUCUUCAACUUACUACGACUCCUCCUGCCCCAAGGCUCUUUCUACGAUCCGAUCUGCAGUCAGGGCUGCAGUGGCCAAGGAACACCGCAUGGGGGCCUCACUGCUUCGCCUCCACUUCCACGACUGCUUUGUGAAUGCAAGUCCUCUCCCUAGAAGAGUCUCUGGUUUAAAUUAUAGAGUGCAUCAUGUAGCUCAUAGCAUGCUAUAACAACGGAGACAACACGGAAAGCCUGCCCGUUCCUCUCCCUUACCCUUCUUCCUUUUUUAGGGCUCCAGGUUUGAACCCAAGCCCAGUGCGACUAAAUCAUGACAUUAAGCGUGGGAUGGGCUCUUCAAGGUUUGAGAAAAAAAUCUGAUAGAAACUAGUCGUUGAGGGUUCCGUGGGUAUCAUUACUAGUGGUGAACCCUGUCUGAAGAGUUGUUUAGCUGUGUAUUCACCCAUGUUUUUCGAUUUUUUUACAUUAAGAAUCUGGAAAAUGUUGACUAAGGGUGCCCUUUUUUUAAUUUACCGUUUGUGCUUUGAAAUUGACGAACUACCGUUACAACGGGGAGAUAAGGGGGAUUUCAUCUGUGUUUCCCAUUGACUGAUAGCACAUAGAAGUUUAGUGACUGGAGAUCCUUCUCGAUGGCAGGGCUGCGAUGGAUCCGUUCUCCUUGAUGACACGGCCAGCUUCACGGGAGAGAAGACUGCAGGACCCAAUGACAUGUCCUUGCGUGGCUUCGACGUGGUCGACUCUAUUAAGUCCCAGGUGGAGAGCGUCUGCCCUCAAGUCGUCUCCUGUGCCGACAUCCUCGCAGUCGCAGCUCGGGAUUCAGUUGUUGCGGUAAGGGAGCGCCAUUCAUCAUCCUCCGCUAGAAGAACCCUAAGACGCAGCUUUGAUUGGGAAUCUUGUACUUCCUUCGGGAGUGGCAGCUGGGGGGGCCUUCGUGGACGGUGCAGCUGGGAAGAAGAGACUCAACGACCGCCAGCCUGAGCAACGCCAACAACGACCUUCCUGCACCGACAUCGGACCUCAGUACCCUCAUAUCUGCCUUCGCCAAGAAGGGUCUCUCAUCUAGCGAUAUGGUCGCCUUAUCAGGUACAAAACUCUCAUUCCGGGACUCGAUCCGUUAACACACGUCCAUGUCAGGGGAAUCAGAUCAUCGAAAUAUAACUCAAUCGAUGAUAAGUAGAUCUCUAAAUAAAAUAUAAUCCUCUCGGUGCAUGCGAGGUAUAUCCACACGCGAGCAAUUUGACUUUAGAUGGUUGUGUCAUGUAGACGACAUAGAAAUGUCAAUUUAUCUAGAACUAAGCGUGAGGAGUUGGAUCACCUAACUCUUAACCGAUUGAUGAUAAAUAGAGUGAACUUGUGCACAUUAUUCUAAUAUCCAUUCUCACAUGUUAGUUGAGUUUUUAAAUGAGUUUCAUAGGCGCUGAAUGCCGAUGGGAUGCCUCGUCUAUGAUAAAAACUAGAAUCUUGGUAUCCAUGGAUUUGAUUCCACUCAAAAGAAAUGGGAAUUAUCAUCAUUUGCCCUUAUAUUUUAACCGCAAGUUUAAUUAGCUUACUCAAUGUGGAAGAUUAUUUCAAUAAUCAUGUUUGCCUAAUCGUGUUUGCCUAUGUUGGAUUCCGAAGGAUCACACACCAUUGGACAGGCAAGGUGUACGACGUUUCGCAAUAGAGUGUACGACGACAGCAAUAUCAACUCUUCCUUUGCGACAUCGAAGCAGUCCGGCUGCCCCAGAUCCGGCAGCGACGACCAACUUUCCCCCCUCGACACAUUCACACCUUCCUUUUUUGACGGCUGUUACUACAAGAAUUUAGUAGACAACAAGGGUCUUCUCCACUCAGACCAGGAGCUCUACAAUGGGGGUUCUACGGAUUCCCAGGUGAGUAACUACGUUAAGAAUCCCGCGAAAUUCUUCACCGACUUCGCGACUGCUAUGGUGAAGAUGGGGAGAAUCAGCCCUCUCCUGUCCCCGAGCGGGGAAGUCAGAGUCAACUGUAGGAAGACCAACUGA